ACACCAAGCUUAGCCUAUAAUCCCUGAAAAGACGCCCAUGUGGAAACAAUUACUCACCAAAACGAAAUCUGAAACCACGGAGAUGACGAUGAAAGCGUAUGCGAUUCUAGGGUUUCUCCUCCUCCUCCUCUCAGCCUUCACCGGCCACGUAUCGGCGCUCUCAGUCACCGUCAACGACGUCGAAUGUGUAUACGAAUACGUACUCUACGAAGGCGAUACGGUUUCCGGUAACUUCGUUGUCGUCGAUCAUGAUAUCUUCUGGAGCUCCGAUCAUCCCGGCAUCGACUUUAUUGUGUCUUCUCCGGGAGGGAAUGUAGUGCAAACAAUGAAAGGAACAUCUGGUGAAAAAUUCGAGUUUAAGGCUCCACGAAGUGGAAUGUACCAGUUUUGUUUUCACAAUCCUUACUCGACGCCGGAGACAGUCUCGUUCUACAUACAUGUCGGUCAUAUUCCCAACGAGCAUGACCUAGCAAAAGAUGAGCAUUUGGACCCCGUCAAUGUGAAAAUAGCUGAAUUGAGGGAGGCAUUGGAAUCUGUUACUGCUGAACAAAAAUACUUGAAAGCACGUGAUGCUCGACAUCGCCAUACAAAUGAGAGCACACAUAAACGGGUAAUCUUGUACACAAUUGCGGAAUACAUUUUGCUGGCAGUUGCAAGCGGAUUGCAAGUGGUUUACAUACGCAGACUGUUUAGCAAGUCAGUCGCAUACAACCGGGUGUGAGGUAACACCCACUCUGGCUCCAUAUCGUUCUUAUAGAUUAGAACUCGGGAACAUGUUCUAACAUUUUAUGUUGGUUCAUUGUGAUGUCAUUUAGAGAUUUUUAGUGUUGCAACUUAUUUAAAGAUUUGAGUUUUCAGUUGUACUUGUAUUUUGCACUAUAAGUUAUUUAAAAGAAAGGUUAAAAAUUGGACAA